CUCUACUGAUAUUGUUCAAGUAUGGUGACCCUUAUAUUUUUAUGUCCAAGUACCAAUUAUAUUGUUAUGUAGGUUGAAUACUGAUUAUCACUGUUUCUCUGAACCCACUUUUCUUAUACCUGAUCCAUCUCCAACUUCCAAGAUGGCAAAUUCUGCAGGUCAAUUAACUAAAAGUAUGAAGAGACUAGAAUCCAGAAAGUCACAUUCAUGGUGGUGGGAUAGCCACAUCAGCCCCAAGAAUUCAAGGUGGCUAGCAGAAAAUCUUGAGGAAAUGGAUCGUCGCAUCAAACAGAUGCUGAAGCUGAUUGAAGACGAUGGAGAUUCAUUUGCUAAAAAAGCUGAGAUGUAUUAUCAGAGGAGGCCAGAACUUAUGUCCCACGUUGAGGAAUUAUACCGCAUGUAUCGCUCUUUGGCAGAGCGUUAUGACAACCUGACAGGAGAAUUGAGGAAGAAUAUUCCAUCAGAUCUCCAAUCUCAGGGUUCCGACAUCUCUGACAUUGCCUCUGAUCUACCCUCUAUUUGGCCAUCCUCGAACCAAAGGCCGAGUCAUCGUAAAUCUGGUCCACGAGCUGCUGGUUUUAGUGUCUUCCUUGGUUCUGGUGGGAAUGACUCUGAUGUGUACCAGAAAGAAGAGGACGAGUUCUCUACUCGAACAGAUUCUGAAACCGAAUCUGAUGCUUCCUCAGUCAAUAAUUACUCAGUUUUAUCAGGAAAUGGAAGUGAUCAAGGGGUGAGCAGGAAAAUGGUUGAGUUGGAGAUGGAGCUCCAUGAAGUGAAACAGAAGCUACGGAUGCUAGAGGAAGAAAGUACAGAUGGUUCAUUAAGAGGGGUAAAACAUAAUAAUCCUGAACUUCUUUCUGGAAUUAGGGAGUACGAGGAAAAGCUUGAAAUUGCUAACAGAAAAAUACAUCUCACCGAAGAAAAAGUCACCCGGUUGAGGAUCAAGCUCCAAAAAUAUAAACCACUAGAGGUAGCUGACUCAGAAUCAUCAGAAGAAGAAAGUGUCAAAACAGAGGAGGUUGAAGUAAAUCCGGUAUUGGAUCUUGAAAAUAAGAAUGGUAUGUGGGAGAAAGAUAAUAACCAUGCAGCUGGAAAGAUGCAGGCACUGGUGGAAGAAUUAAGUAUAACUAAAGAAAUGCUCCAGGGUUCCGAGAAAGAAAUUGCUAGUUUGAAACUGGAAAAGAAGCAAUCUCAUGAAAAAAUUCAAAAGUUACAGGGUCAGCUUGAUUCGGCCCAAAGAGAUAUAGUCACAUGGAAAUCCAAACUGAAUACAGAGAAAAGAGAGGUCUCCAAGCUGCAGGAUAGAAUUGCUAUGUUAAAGAAUAGUUUAUUAGACAGGGAUCAUGAGAUCCGUGAUUUAAAAAUAGCUGUAUCUGAUGCCGAGCAGAAGAUUUUUCCCGAAAAAGCUCAUAUCAAAGCUGAAAUAUCAAAAUUGUUGGAGGGACGAAUUUGUUUGGAAGAACAGCUCAGGGAUUGGGAAGCACGUGGCCGGUCGUUGGAGGAGGACAUCAGAAAAGCCGUGUAUGAAAAAAGAGAAUCAGAGGAGAGGCUUCGUGGUGAAAUUGAGUAUUUAAGACUGGAGGUUGCUGAGAGAAGUGAUUGCGUUAAAGUUUUGAAUGAAAAGCUUGCGACUUUAAAAGCAGAGAGGGAUGACCUUGAAACUAAAAUUGUAUCUCUCAAAGCAGAUAUUAGUACUAGGGAUAAACAGAUUGAUCAAAUGGACAAGCAUCUCCGCGAAUUAAAUGUGGAACACGUGAAGGUAGCUGCUAGUGCUGAAGGAGCAUAUAAAUUGGUGGAGGAACUGCAAUCAAAAGCUGAGGAACUAGAGGAUGUUAUUGAGAGGCAAAGAAUCAAAAUACUGGAGGGAGCAGAACAAAAGCGAGAAGCUAUAAGGCAGCUUUGCUUCUCCCUCGAGCAUUACCGAGAUAGGUAUCAUUGGCUUCGUCAAGCAUUUAUGGGUCAAAAGAGAGUUCCAGUUUUGACAAUAUGAAAUGGUGCUACGUAACACCAUUUCACUUGAUUGCUCGAUUGUUUUGUUGAAUGAGAGUUUAAUGAUAAUACAGAAAACAGAAGUUGCAUUUAAGACGGAAACUGAUAGGUUUGCUCACAAUGCUAGUUCCAAGAAGAUGGUCUCUUAUUAUGCUCGAAAUGUUGGGAUCUGGUUGCAUUUAGACAGAACAUGACAGUUUUACGUUGUAACUUUUCAUUGUCCAAUAUCCUUUCUAGUUUCCCAGGUCAAUCAAGGGGUUCCUCGCUUAUCAUGCUCGCACAUAAACCGUGGCUUCAUGGAUCUAUGGUUCAACAGGAAUAAGUCAUGCCCUUUGUGUGAUUUAAGCUUGAUAGUCCUAGGUCUCAGUUCUGUCCCGUUUGUCCGUAACUCUCUUGAUGUGAGUUUGCUGCCUUGUCAGUUGUCACGGUUAUGCACCCGCAUAUUAUCGAGUUCGAUUCGGUAUGUGUUGGUUUUUUUUGUAUACUGCUUGUUGUAUUAUGUACUGAAUCAAAAUAAUUAGUUGAUAUAAUAUAUAGAGGUCGGAGAAAUUUUUCAUU